CUUCCAUCGAAACGUGUAGUUUGUCACGAAAGUAAAUUUUUGUUAAAUCAUGUUUUAGAGAUUUAUUUGAAGGAAAGCAUGGCGUCCUUAUCGUCACAGCUUCCAAAGCUAUUUCGGCCAUCAAAUUCGUCUCCCUUUUCGAUAUUUCUGCAAUCAAGGGCCAUUAGUUCGUUUGUGAGCAGCAAAAGCCACGAAGGAUAUGGUAAACGAACUAUCAGUGGCGAUAUGUUUGGCGGGGAAAUUCAAUCUACGGGUACAUCUCAUAGCUCAUGCUGUCUUAUUUUCGUUACAACAUAGGUCGUCGUAACUUCUACACAUACUCUGCGGAGCCAUUUCAUCCUUUGCCAGGGAAAACGCCCGCAUGGAAAUCUCCAAAAGAAGCUGUGGAAGUGAUCGAGUCAGGUGAGCUUGAAUUUUAUUCUUUCCACAAGAUGGGCUUUCGUUUUCAGCUUCUUUGUGUAAAAUUGUUGUUCAAUUCAGUCGAAAACGACGCUGUUCAAGUUGAAUUAUUUCGAGAAAUGUUACUGAAAUUUUUGAGAAGUAAAAGGAAAAAAUCAUUACCGAAGCCAAUUAAAGUCGCUUCGACAUCAGCAGGUACAGACUGAAGGUAAUGUUUACUGAGCAGUGAUUUCGUGCGAAAUCAGUUUUAAUGACACGUUAUACAAUUUGGUAUGAAAUCCCCUGCAAAGUAGGUGCUACGAAAUAUGCUACAGACGAAGGACUGUCACUCCCUUUAAAAAAAUGGAAUGCCUGUCAACUUCCUUUGGUGGAGCAAUGAAAGGAUAUGGAUGACAACAGGUUAUUUUUCUUUUAAUUCCCGCAAAGUGAAGAGAAAGCUUGAUGUACAGUAUUACUGAGCUCAUUCAGGGUUUUUCCAAUGUUUAAUUGUCUUUUUUUUAUUAGGAAUGAAGGUGUUUGUGCAUGGAGGAGCAGCUACCCCUCUACCACUCCUUGAUGCAGUGGCAAAGAGAGGAAAAGAGGUUGGCCUAAAGAAUGUUGAACUGAUUCAUAUCCACACGGAAGGAUCAGGUGAAUUGGUGAAGCCUGAAUAUGACGGUGAGUAAAUUUCGUGGAUUCUGGUAUCAUUAAGCUACAGUGGGACACCCCCCUGGAUAGUAGUGUUAAUUGUGCUAUAAUGUCAAGGACAUGCAUGAAAAUGGGAACAAAUGCACAUGGCAGACAAAGCAGUUUGUUUACAGCAUGUGUCUGUUUUUAGUCAAGGAUUCUAUACCUGGUAUUUCUACCAAAUAUUUUCCAGUUCUAUUUGUUUCCCACAUGAUGGAACCACUUCUGAUGUGGAUGCAGGUGACCUUUUAACUGGUUACUUCCAGUCUUCUUCAGGUGAUGAUGUCAACUUAAACAUUUCACCUAAUGAUAUUUUUUGCUCUACUCUGUUCAAAACUAAGGAAUCACAAGAGACCUUAAUCCUUAAUAUGGUGAUUUACAAAGGGGCAAGUCCUCUUUGCCAGACUAGCAAUUUAGAAGAGAGGUUAUACCAUCAAACUAUGAUGAAAAAUCACAAUCCUUUCUCAUAAAUCACAUUUUUCCUUUCUGAAAUGAUUCCAGGAAUUUUCAGAAGCAACUCCUUGUUCAUUGGAGCAAACUGUCGUAAAGCUGUCAAUGAAGGACGUGCAGAUUUUACACCUAUCUUCCUUAGUGAGAUUCCAUUGCUUUUCCAGCGCAAGAUAAUUGCCAUAGACGUGGCUCUGAUACAAGUAAGUCCACCAGACAAACAUGGAUUUUGUACUCUGGGUCCAAGUGUAGAUUGUACAAGAGCUGCCAUUCAGAAUGCCAAAUAUAUUAUUGGUAUGAAUUUUACAUUUUUAUGCCAUACACACAUUUAUACUUGUCAUUUGUUUUAUAAAAUAUAUAUGUUAUUCACCAGACGGGAGGUUCAUAUUGGGAAAAAUUGUGCCCGAGGUCUUGGAUACCAUACACAAGAAAGAGGGCACAGUUUUUCCCAAUACGGCCCAACCUUGGCUUGUGAAUAACACUUUUAUUUUUUUCUAAAACCUAACAAAUGGUUGCAAAAUGCAAUGCGAUGGUUGUGAGCGGGCUGGAUGGGGAGAAUACUGCCUGCUCUCGGAACCAAUCAGAUUGCAGGAUUUGUAGAAUACCGCCUGUUCACAAACUGAGAAAAAAAAUAAAAAUUACUAUAAAAUUUCAUGUUAUUUAAUAUUAACCUUCUAAUUAAACAACUGCUCUGUUUUGUGUAAUAUGUUGGUCUCAAGGUACAUUACAGAGACCUGAUGCAACAUUUCAGUCAUACCAAAUAAUAAUUGUUUUGAAGGUGCUGAAGGGUUUGUGAAAAACACUUCACUCCUAAGAUCUCAUUAGUAAGUUUCCUUACUGUAUGCCAGAUUUCAUGAUAACAAUCCCCUAAUUUAUAUUUCUCUUUUUCUCCUUACCUGUCUGCUUGAUAUUGUAUUGACUGUGCAUGGAGAAAUUCUGUCUUGGUCACUCAUGGUGGUAUAAGAGUUAAAGGUCUAGGUAAUCCAAGAAUAGAGGAAAUGAAAAAGUGACAGGAUCAGGAAAUGAAUAUUGUAUUCAUUUUGUUCAGUAUAUCUGAAUUUAGGGAUACCCACUAAACCAAUUAGUUUUUCUAUAAUAAUAUUACUGUUAUAUUAUUUUCAAAGGUAUUUAAUGGAAUUGUUGCAUAGUUUAUAAGAUUUGAGCAUCAUAAGAAAUAGAUAAGGAAAUGAAAACAUAAACUUAGAGCAGGAUAAGCUGCAAGAAUUCUGUAUUUGAUUAGGUAAUUGGUAUUUGACUCCUAAUUUGCUAAAGGAUAAAUACUGUAAAAUUUUUGUAUAAUGGUGACAAUAAAUCCAGGUUGUUCAAUGUGAUGGUAAAUUUUUUUAGUUUUUUUUUCUUCUCUGACAUGAAUUAUUCUCAUUAACACAUUGUAGGGCUUGUGAACCCACAGUGUCCUCGCACUCACGGCCCAGGAGGCAUCCACCAAUCCCAUCUUGAUGUACUGUGUGUCUCAGAGUUUAAUCUCCCAGAACUGAAGAUUAAUCCAGAGACUUCAGAGGAAGCCAAAAUUGGUCAGUUAAUUGCCAACAACCUUGUGGAGGAUGGUGCCACUCUUCAAAUGGGUCAGUGGAGAAACUAUUCACUUGUAACUCACUGACUAAUUACCUGCAUGGGACCUGCUUGUUAAGCCAGAGGAUACAUUUACCCUUUAACUCCCAGAAGUGGUAAACAUAACUUUAUCCAGCAAACAGGUAAUGAGAAAACUCCAAACAUAUCAAUUAGAAGAUACAGAUAUUAUCUUGAUCAACACCAAAUUCUUGUAACCGAUUUACAAGGAAAUAAGCAGCUACUAGAAGGGAGAUUUAACCAUCAGAUCUUGGCAAUUGAAGGGUUAAUUUAACUAAUCAUAAAUCUUAGGGCCUGAAAAUUCAUCUGGAUCUUUCCAUUAAUUGCUUAUAGCCCAUAAGUUUGACUGGUGUCUAAUUCCUCCCUACAGUAUCACCCUUGAAUUAAAUGUAAUGCCCAUGAGAGUAAACAAAGUGAUCACUAAUUUAAGAAGCUCCUGAUUGUCAAACAAAUUCUCCUUUUCAAUACUAUGGGAAAUGUAAAGAGAGCAGUGAGGAGAAUAUGAAAACCAUUGUUAGGGUGUAAAAGGUUAACUUGUAGUGUUUUGUUUUCUAUUUGACAACCCAACAGGAAUUGGUUCCAUACCAGAUGCCUGCUUGAGUCGAUUGAUGGAUCAUAAAGACCUUGGCAUCCACUCGGAGAUGUUCAGUGAUGGUGUAGUAGCUCUAACUGAAAGGGGAGCCAUCACUAAUGCUUUUAAAAAAGUGUUACCUGGCCGAUGUGUGGGAAGUUUUGUGAUUGGAACAAAGAAAGUGUUUGAAUUCAUUGACAAUAACCCUUUUGUAGGUGAGUUGAUGAUUUGUUGAUAAAUAACUUGUGGAUUUUGAAGUUUCAGGAAGUUCAGUUGAUGAUGUGGGUACAUUUCCUUAAAUAACUACCUCACAAUUUUCCCAUAGCCAAUAAAUUCUUGUUGUUUGCAAAACAGAGAAAGAUGAAUUUUUGUCAGACUUGUACUGGCUAAUAAGACCAAGCCCUUUGAGGCUUACCUUUAGAUGCAUCAUUAACUUCUUUUUGUAUCUUGUAUGGGAAUAUAAGACACUUUGAAAGGAGAAUCAAACAAACUAUCUGAAGCUAUUUUUGUUAAGGUUUAGAUACUUCCAUACACCCUUUCAAUGAGAUCAGUGAUUUUAUGGAAAACGUUACCGUAUAUUCUUUUUGCAAUAUCUAUAACUUGAUAUACAGUUUAUCCCCCGUGUAAAGAGUAUUCACUGCAAAAAAUAUAUAUUUACUUUGUUAUACCAUUAAUUAUCAUAAUGUUUGAUGCAAAAUUAUCUAUGUCCUCAUUUUAAUCAUGUUUUCACUGUUAAUUUUUGUUCUCUUAAAAGUGAUGUUGGAUGUUGGAUUUGUCAAUUUGGUGUCAGUAAUUGCUCAAAAUCCUAAAGUGACAGCUAUUAACUCAUGUAUUGAAGUGGAUCUCACUGGACAAAUUGUUUCAGACUCUAUUGGAACACGAAUGUAUUCAGGUAAUCUACAUAAAAUAUGUGAGGAGAGUGAGUGAGAUCUCUGUGACCAAACCCUACUUGUUGUUAUGCUGUAAUAUGUAGUUUUGUUUGUUUGUUUGCUGUUUGGUUGUGAUUGAGUAACAUGAAGACACGCCAUAUUGCAUAUUACAAAGCGCCACUCCAUUCUAGUAAAAAAUACAUGUAAUAAUAAAUAAAACCAUGCACACUCUUUGUGCGUGAUUGGAUUGAUUUUGUUCGUGGGUUUUGAUUAGUUUACGAAUUCCUUCGGCAUUUUUGAGUAACCUUACAAUAUUUAGCAUCUUUUCAGGUGUCGGAGGCCAAAUAGACUUUUUACGUGGAGCAGCUUUAGCACUUGACGGAUGUGGUAAACCAAUCCUGGCCCUAAAUUCUGUUACCAAGAAAGGAGAGUCAAAGAUUGUUCCUUUCUUGAAAGAAGGUAAGUCGAACGGGUGCAGGAUGGUUACUAGACUUAGCCGUAUUUUCACAGUUAUUGACCUCCGGCAUUAAGCGCAAACUUAGCGUUAUGGACGAUACGUUGGGUAUUUUAUUUGGGCAUAGUUUGAAUUAGCACAGGUUUUUACUUAACCUCCUUGAACUUACAACGUCAAAAGGAUUUGAGGAAAACUUGAGGCAACUUAAGAAGAGUUUCCUUUUACGUUGCUAAAACGCACCUUUUAAUUUUUUCCCUAUGCGCUGCAACAAACCCGGCAACAUAAACGGUCCUUUGCAGCCUCGGGUAUGUGUGUCAGAAGGCUGCAAUUAUUUCACAAAAAUUGCUUAAGGAAGUUGUGUCAGUGUUUUUAAAAGCAUUCCAAUAUAUUUCCUCCACUUUCCUCCUCGUUGAGUCAAAUUUCUCAUCACGGCUGUCAAAGAAUGAAGGCAAAUUUCAUUGCUUUUAGUUAUUUCAUUAUUAAUUAUUUAUUUUAUUAUAUAUUUAUUGAGCCAGUUACCAGAGUUACUUCGUUCUUUUCAUUUUGUACAGGUGGAGGCGUUGUGACAACUCGUGCGCAUGUGCAUUACAUCGUGACUGAAUAUGGAAUCGCUUACCUGUUUGGGAAGAACCUUAGGCAAAGAGCUUAUGAACUGAUUAAUAUCGCUCAUCCUUAUCACAGAGAGUGGUUAGAGAAAGCUGCUUUUGAGAGACUUAAAUGUAUACCAUCGCCUGAUUAAGGCACAAGUUCGGCACGCCAGUCUGGGACCGAUUCCCGUGUUUGACACGCGAGAGUUGAAACUCUCUGGAACUCUGGGUAAAGUUUAAUUUACAUGUACAUGUGUUGUUAUUAAAGGUGACUUUUUGAAUUAAAUUUCUUAUAGGAAAGUUUGUAAAUAGAAUAUGAAAGACAGUAAGAUUUGAGCUGGGUAAAGAAAUAGAGAAAGAUGUUUUUCCUCUAGUCACGAGCUUGGGACAAAGAAAAUUCCAUGAGGAAUCGAACCUCAGACCUUCGGAUUCCGCGCUCCGAUGCUCUACGUUUAUAUUUUAUGGCAAAGUUUAUAGUUCCAUUGUUGAAUUAUCAGAAUUACCAUUGCAGAGUUAUUACAUAAUACCAUACCAUGUCGCUUAAACAAAAUUUAUAUCGUGUUUUGUUUUUAUCGCACACUUGGUUUAAGGACAA